AUGUCCGACAUGGGGAUCGCCCUGGACGACCAGCAAAGCGACGCCGCCGGAGAGAAGGGGCCGCAGGAAGCGGAGGACGGCGGCGGUGAUGGCAGUGACAGCGUGGAUACAAGCUCGGCGGACAGGGCGGCGCUGGACAGGAAGAAGCUGGAAGGCGAGAAUCAGGAACUGAGGAAAGGAGUGGCCGAGCUGCGAGACCUGCUGGAGAGGAAGGACGAAGAGCUGACCGCUCUCGGCGAGCAGGUGGAGCGCCUCGAGCAGGCGCUGCGCGACAAGGACCGAGAGGCCAAGCAGCUCAAGAAGGACAUCGAGAAGGAGAAAGUGCAGCGGAUCGACAUGCAGAUCAACAAGGAGAAGGAGAAGCUGGAGGAGGUGGAGCGAGCCAUCAACGACAAGAACGAGAUCAAGCGGCUCAAGCAGGAGCUACGCAGCAGGGAGAAGGAGGUGACCGCCUUGUCGGAGCAGAUGGCCAGCAAGGAGGCCCAGUGGAGGGCCAAAGCCGACCAGUACGAGGUCGAGAUCAAGUCUCUGUCGCGCACGAUCGAGAACUUUGGCCGCACCAAGUGGUGA